GUGUAGGAGGGAAGCAUUUCACUCAGUGUGUGUUGAGUAAACACACACAUUUUGUAUUAAUACACCUAACUCUUAGAGACGAAGCAGUGCAGGUCCAAAAUGGCUGAGCAGACAUUUAAGGAAAAUAUAAAGUCACGCAUGGAGCAGGCCAAGAGCAUGAAGGACGAGGAUAAGCUGUACAAGAAAGAUGGGAUUUUUUACUCGACCAUCCUUAGCCCACCGGAAACCUUGGAGGCCAUGAAGAACUUCGAGGCACGGGAGGAUGACGUCAUGGUGGUGGCAUACCCAAAGUGUGGGUUCAACUGGAUGGUUGGGGUGAUGCGGAAAAUUACGACUGCUUGUGGGAUAACUCUCCCUGAAAGGCCUCCUCUGAUUGAGUUCCACCCUCCAGAAGCACAAAAGGCUGUAGCAGAGCUGAAAUCUCGGAGGUUUUUCGGGACCCACAUGCACCCUGAUAACAUUCCAGAGUCUUUCAAGACCAAGAAAACAAAGAUGUUGGUAAUUUUCCGAAAUCCCAAAGACACACUGGUCUCUUAUUACCAUUUCAUGAACAACAACCCAGUGCUGCCUAAAGCUGAGUCUUGGGACAAAUUCUUUUCUGACUUCAUGAGCGGUGCAGUGCCCUGGGGUUCCUACUUUGACCAUGCUGUCGCCUGGGAGAAACACAUUGAUGAUCCAGAUGUGAUGGUUCUGACCUAUGAGGAAUUAAAAGAGAACCUGCUGGAGGGUGUAAAAAAAGUUGCUGAGUUCUUUAGCUUUUCACUGACAGAGGAGCAGAUCAAAGACAUUGCUGAACAGAGCACAUUUAAGGCCAUGCAAGAGAGCUCCCAAACCUCUCACGGAGGAUUUAGCAAAGUGUUUUUCCGAAAAGGUGAGGUUGGAGACUGGAAAAACCACUUCAGUGAGGCCCAGAGUAAACAGAUGGAUGAAGAGUUUAAGAAGAAACUCUCGGGAACCAAACUGGGGGCCAAACUUAAAUACGACCUGUACUGUCAAUAAAUGAGAAACAAAUGAGCCCUUAAACCUCAGCAGAUAAGAAGACUAGGAAGGUUACAUUUUGAAGAGGUUAAGUGAAUUAGAAGGCAUUUUGUACUACCUGACUAAUAACCAAUUGUAUAAAAAUGCAGUGCUGUAAAGUAAAAGUAAAAGUAGUUGCCCUUUUUCUAACUGUAUAAGAGAAUUACUCGGGCGCCAGGCAGACAAAUGACAAUGUGAGCCUGAUGUGUGGGGAAUAGAAGUAUACAUGCAGAUGCAGAUCUGUUAAAGGUGACGUGUGCUAGGUGUCUCAGUCAGCUUCAACUUACAGACAGGUGACCUUACAGUCUCUGAUAGGAAUGGGAGUUUAUCAUUCGCCCAGUUAGUGAUUUGACAAAGUACCCACACAUCACCAUUUUUGACUGUUUGCGUCAUUACUGUAAAGAUAUGUAUAAGCUUUUGGACUGACAUAGAUCAUGAUCCCAAAACACAGGUGUGUGUUUUUUCUACAAAUCAAGAAGGAGGCAAUUGCUUUUUCAACACUGAACAUGGUACAUGUUUAGCUAUGAACUGUUCUUUGUUAACACUAUAGGACAAAACAGGAUAAAUCUAAACCUAAUUAAAACUGUUACCAUUGGAUGGUGCAAACAC